AGGAUUGAAGCGGAAUGUCGGAGCAGCUGUGGAGGCAAGCGGAGUUUCUAAAGACCAUAUUCUUUUUUAUUUAACCGGAAAGAUGUCGUCAUUUCUUCUCAACUCAAGAAGUAACAAUACGAACAAGACAUACUUUUCUAGUUUCAACAGAUGGAGCGCAUUUAUCAAAGAACAUGGUUUUAAUAAUUUACCCACUGCUCCUAUGCACGUCGCAUUGUAUAUAACUAAUUUGAUAGACAAAAACUGUUCUCCUAACGUUAUUAAUAGUGCUAUUUAUUCUUUGAAAUGGGUACAUGAGCUGAAUGGUUUUGCUGACCCUACUGAUAAUUCUUUCGUUAAAUCAUUACAAGAAUCAGCCAAGCGCUUAAAUGGAAAACCUGUUAACAAAAAAGAGCCUGUUAGUAUCGACAUUAUUAUUGAACUAUGUACAAAAUUCAAAGAUUCUAAUGAUUUAUUAAUUGUAAGAGAUUUAGCAAUGAUAGUGUUAAGUUUUUCAGGAUUUCUCCGUUUCGACGAGCUUAGUUCUUUAAAAUGUAAAGACGUAACUGUGUAUGAUGAAUUUUUGAUAAUAUUUAUUUCUCAUAGCAAAACGGACCAAUAUAGACAGGGUAAUGAAAUUUUGAUUGCAAAAGGGAAAACUAUAGCAUGUCCAGUCAGUAUUUUCAAGAAUUAUAUUGAUUUGGCUGAAUUGAACCUGAAUUCAGAUUUUUACAUAUUUCGACCUAUAUUUAGGCAUAAGUCUAUAGCUAAACUUAUUUACAAAAAUAAGAAAAUAAGUUACACAGCAGCUAGAGAAAAUAUAUUGAAAAGACUGAAAUUAAUCGCACCCACGUUGAAUUUGGGUUUACAUUCUUUGCGUGCCGGUGGGGCUACCGCUGCUGCUAGUUCAGAAGUUAAUGAACGAUGCAUUAAAAGGCAUGGCAGAUGGAAGUCUGACAGUAGCAAAGACGGCUAUAUUGCCGACACUUUAGAAAAGAGACUUUCAGUAUCUCAGAGUCUUGGAUUAUAGAUUUUUUACUCAUAUUUCACCCCUUUCUUUGUAUGUUUUCUAGCUGUCUGGGUUAUCGGCAAUAUGAAUAUAUUGUUUUGUUUUAUUAUAGCCUAUAUAUUCAAGGGGAAAAUGUUAAGGUAAUACUUACAUUUUCCCGCGUUUCAACGAAUAGCGGGAAACAUUUGUAUUAACGAUGCGUAUGAAUUUUCUUAUUUAGUCACGUGAAAAUUUUCAUGUGCGGGAAAAUAUUUCGAAAGUCUUCACUUUCUACCCAACAGUCGUAGUGUCAAGUUUAUUUUUACAUAUUUCAUCAGAUAUGUAACAAUUUAGUUUAAUUCAUGUUUCUGAUCAUGGUUAGUGUUUUUUUGUAACGAAUAAUUGUAUCGUCAAGGGGGCAGGAAAAAAUGGUGUUUUCAAGACAGAGUUGCUGAAAACGAAUAAUUUCACCAAUAAAUGAGUAGUUGAACAAUAUUAAGAAUAAUUGUAUUUUCAACUAAUUAAAAUCCGGUGUCCUUCAAGCUGUCUGGGUUAUCGGCAAUAUGAAUAUAUUGUUUUGUUUUAUUAUAGCCUAUCUAUUCAAGGGGAAAAAGGUUAAGGUUAUACCAAGGAAAAACCGACACGUUCUUAAUAUUGUUCAACUACUCAUUUAUUGGUGAAAUUAACCUGAAUAUGUCCUGUUGAUAAGAAUAUAUGUACAGAACUACAAAAAUCUGCAGUGCAUGUUAACACAAAAGAAUCAAAUAAUUUCUACUAUGAUUGUAGUGAAUACGAAAACAGAUUACAUUUUUUUUUAGAUAUACAGAUAUAUAAUAGUUUAUAUAAUUUAUUCGUCAAAGUGAAAAAAUAUUUAUAGAUUAUUACAUUGCAUUUUCCAUAUGGCCCUGGUAUCAGCCCUAGACUCCCAUAUCAAGCCAGAGGGCUUUAGCCCGAGGGCUUGAUAUGGGUCGUGGGCUGAUACCACGAACCAUAUGGAAAAUGACAUGUAAUAAUCUAUUUAUCACAUAUUUUCAAGCAAGAGAAAAAAAAUAGCAUACACCAAAUUAUGUUUGAUAUUAUUUUCAUCACAAAUUCAAAAAGACUUUUAAUGAAAAAAAAAAUCAAAAUAUGUAUCACCAUGAUCACUGUCAGUUAAAAAAAAGUUCGUAUCACAGUAGGUAAACAACGUUUUGUGAUAAGAUUCAGAAAUAAUUAACAAUAAAUAUAUUUAUUCUAAGAAUUGCAAAUAUUAAACGACUUAAAGUGUUACAUUACCAAUGUUAAAUAUGCUUUAUAGGAAGAAUUCCAUAUCGCUACUCAUUCCAGUGUGGCGUCAAAAUUCUUUAUGACAUCAAAAUUUUACGAGAACUUUUGUGGUUUUCACUAUUGAUAUUUACUUUUUUCUACUACUGCAGAUUCGUAAAUUUCUAAAUUUCUUUUCAUUGUGUUCUCUUUUUUCAUUUUUUGUAUGAAUUUACAUGCAUUGUCAUUUGAUCUGAGAGAAAACUCUCCUGGUCGUUUUGCUGCUUCGGCUGACAACUUGUUUACAAAUAAAUUUUGAUUGACAGGUUACCGGAAGUUAAACUCGGGGGCUUGAUAUGGAUUUCGAGGGCUGAUAUCGAUAUCGGCCCCGAGUGCUGAUAACCAACCUUGACUUCCGGCUAUUAUUGGCCAUACAAAAACGUAUAAAAUAUGUG